UUCUUGUCAUUAUUAUCAUCAUCUUUUGAGUCCGAGUUGAUUCGAUCUGAUCUGAUAUGGUUAGUUUGUUAGGCUGCAGUUUUAUGUGCCGAUUCUGCAGCAUUGCUCUUAUUCUGACAACUUGCAUUUGCAAUCAUUCAUCAUCGCCAGUCCCACUUACACACGCCAACAUCGACACUCACCCAUCAAAUUCAGACUCAUUAUCCCCAGACAACAGCGCCAAUUCAAAUCACAGUAACAGUAGGAACAACAUCCACCAUCGUUCUCGCCACGUCAUUGGCACCGAAAAUAUUAAAUCAAAAGAAAAUAAGAAAAGAAUCUUGGAAAGAAGGAGUUUAUCGUCCCUAAUUCUUACCUCCGCCGCUGAUAUGCAUGAAACUAGUGGAAGCCAUGUUAAUUCAGGGGGAGAAUCUGCUGCUCCUGAAAUUAGUAUCAUAACAGUACCCUUGCCUAAACUAGCUGACGACCCCAACGGGGAACAACUUCUGAUUAAAUUACAGAAACUCUCAAACCGCUCUGCUGCUGGUGGUCAUGUGAUCAAAUACUACUCUGCUCCUGCUGCAGUCGAAGAGGAGAAAGGAGAUAGAUUAGAAGCGAUGGCCUUGAGUCUUUGUAUCGACUAUCAAAGCCCUGCUUACGUGGAGACAGAAGGUAGCAGAAUUAAUUCGGAAGCCUACACGAAAUCAUCACGAAUUGUCUUUGAAAAUAGGGAAACCGCGCCCCGUGAAAAAGAAAAAGCGAAACACAAAUCAUUUUCUGACAGAAAAUUUGAAAGCAGAAACGUAUCCUCAAAUUUGUUGAAAAAUACCUCCAGUCAUUCGAAGCCAAUUAAAAACAACAGGAAAAAAACAGACAACAAUUUUUAUUCAGAUUUGGGUAACCUGCUAAAUUUAAAUUCCUCUGCACAAUCAGAAGUUCUGCCAGUCUCUUUUACUCAUACUGACCCGAAUAGUGCAGACGAGAGACUUUUAAAGUCUUUACCGGAUAAAACGGUUGUUGCGGUAAACCAUAGCUCCCAGGAUUCUACAGUUCCGCUGAGAGAACCAUCAACACCAUCUCGGAAUAAUUACUCGGCGGUGUCAUCGCUUUUAACUUGCAUUUAUCACAUCACUUUUUCCCAAAAUAUAUCAGUUUUCAGGCAGGCAGCAACUAAACACGUGAACGAACUAUUUCUUCAGACUUUGUCCGAGCAGAGUCGAAUAAUAAAUGAGCCAAAAUGUGACAACAGCGUGAAAAAUGUUGUACCCGAGUUGCGUUUGUUAAGUCACACCCCGUUGGAGCCAAACAACUUUUUAGACCAGCGUAGUUAUUCAGUUUUCUAUAUCGGUUGUGGCUUUGAUCAUAUUUUUACGGCCAACUGGUCACCGGGGAAUAACGGGGGAGGAGGGGGGAGUAAAUCGAAUGGGACUGUGUCUACUGAUGCCAUUGAGCAGCCCAAAAGUGGAGUAAAUCCAUCAACAAAGUCCAUCCCGCCUGUAGUUAUUACAAUACAGCCUACAGUUAUGAGCCCUGCGCUAAGCACACUUUAUUCGAUUUCCACCCAUUUACUUGUCACUAAUUCGACUCCAGGCGAUAACAAUGAGACGGCAGCAGCAGACGAUUCUGCCUCGCAUCUCUCGGACGCGACUGGCUUCGGGGCUUUCCUGUGGACUGUUGCGAUUCGCCAAUGGCUCGUCGCAUCACUCCUCUCCAUUAUUCCUCUCACUACCAUAAUAGGCAAUGUGAUGGUGGUGUAUGCGAUCAACACAGAGAAGAGUCUGCAGCAGGUACAGAACAAUCUGCUAGUGUCCCUGGCCACUGCUGACCUUCUAGUGGCCAUAGUGGUCAUGCCCAUAGCCAUCGCACUCGAAAUCACAAACCAAUGGGUGUUUGGCUACUUCACCUGUGACUUCUGGAGGACGAUGGAUGUGAUGAUGUGCACUGCUUCCAUCCUUCACCUAUGCGUCAUCGCACUUGACAGGUACUGGGCCAUUUCGCAGCCAUUCGAUUAUGGAAUGGAGCGGACGAAGGGACUGAUUGGGAAGUUGAUAGUGGCCAUCUGGGUGCUCAGUCUCAUCAUAUCACUCCCACUCUGCACCAUCUGGAGGAGUGAGGGCAGGGGACACAACGGACAGGACUGUGUUCUGAUCGACAACAUAGCCUACAUAGUGUACUCUGCCAUCGGGUCCUUCUACGCACCACUGCUGCUCAUGGUGGUGUUAUACAUUCGCAUAUACCAAGUGGCGGCCAAGAGGGGCAGAGCAAGACGGAAACGAAACAACAACACCUUGCGACACCUUGCGCUCGGAGGAGUCGCGCUGCACUCACCUGGAACAAUGCACAUGCAACCGUCGUCGCCAUCGCCGCCGGCAGGCAUUGCUGGCGACGGUGAAACAUGUCUGGACGAAGCGCCGCCGAGGAAUAAAUCAUCAAAUACCUUGGCGCCGGAUGAAGGGACUGAAAUCACCCCUGCUGUACAGGAAAGAACCCCACUUCCCACAAAGAGAAACUCAAACGCAUCAAACAUGAGUUGUGGGGCUUCGAGUGGAAAACGAUCGGAAAUGACGUUUACCGAGCGCAUAUCGUACUCGGCGACUGGAGUGGUAAUCAGUUUGAAAAAGAACCCAGCACGAUCACUCAUAUCUCUGCGAACAGAGCAGAAAGCAGCCAAGACCCUGGGCAUCAUUCUGGGUUCAUUCAUAGCCUGCUGGUUGCCGUUCUUCAUUCUUUACGUCAGUGGACCCCUCCUAAACUUCUUUGAACUUUCCGCGCCAGUUUGGGUGUUCAAGUUGUUCACGUGGCUGGGCUAUCUGAACUCCUGCUGCAACCCAAUCAUUUACACAAUCUUCAACAAAGAGUUCAGACAAGCAUUUCAGAAGAUUUGCAAAAAAGUCUGCUGCAGGUAUCGGCGAUAGUAGCCUCCAAAAACUGAUUUCACAGCUUUUCUGUAUUCAGAAAACAAAUUGAAUGUGAAGGGAAUCACUUUGUGCUGUAGCUAAUUUGGUAAUUGUAUUCGUUGCUGUGAAAAUAUUUUCUGUAUUUUGCCUCGAUUUUUGCACGUGAACUCAAAGUAUCAGGAAAUGGCAAGGGAGUGAA